CUACACCAAACGGGGCUUAUUUAGUUUAUUCCACAUGAUGGAGCACCAUGACUCAAUGAAAUUGAUACAUUUGUCUUUGUUUAAAGGUUCUGAUUUGCAAAAUUACAAGCAGGAAAAGCAACUAAGAGAGUGUUGGAAGCUUGUAUGUUGGCCGGCCCAUUAAUGGUUCAUUCAAAUUUAUUCAUACCCCUUUCAAGAAAUAUAUACAUAUAUAGUUGUUGGUCCUCCUUUGGCCUCACCUCACUCCCAAAGAAUCUGAUUGCAAAACCAACUCUUGAUUAACAUGAUCAUCAUUGUUUCAACCACCUUGUUCUCUUCAUGUUCAAACACUUUCUGAUCUGCUAAACCAUGAUUUCCUUAUGGUUUCUCAUGUGGGUAUGCUUCAAUUCAAUCCAUGCUCAACAAUUCUAUGACUUUACACCAUGUUCUUCGCCAACCAACAACAACGGUACACGAUACACCUGCAAUUCCUUUCAGAAAUCAUGCCACACAUUCUUGGUCUAUAGAGCCAACCAACAAUCCCAGACCAUUUCAAAUAUCGCCCGUCUGUUCAUCGCUAGCCCCGACGAGUUAAUUUUCUUAAACAACCUCACAUCUGCCUCAGAGAUUCUCAAACCAGGCAGAGAAGUUCUAAUUCCCAUUAACUGUUCUUGCACGGGCAAAUUUUACCAAGCAAAUAUCACCUACUUAGUCUCCGAAACCACAACAUCAUUCGCAGAUAUCGCUUGCGGUGUGUUUGAAGGUUUGAUCAAAUCAAUCACACUUGCUGAGCAAAACCCAUCUCAUGACAACGACCCCAAGGUUGGUUCUGUUCUUCAUGUGCCUUUGAAAUGUGCUUGUCCUGAUAAUUUCACUGUUAAGUACCUUGUCACAUACCCUUUCAUAGAAGGAGAUGAGACAAAUGAAGUAGGACUGAAAUUUGAAAUUCCAACUGUGGAUAUAUGGGAGGCUAACCAUUUAGAUCCUGGUCCAACUGUGUAUCCAAACACAACUGUUUUAGUCCCAGUAAAAGGGAAACUGGUCAUUAACCUCGAUAUUCCUGUUUCUGAUCCUCCAAUUCCGGGUUUUUUACCCACAACUGCUGUUAAACAACCUGAGAAAACCACACAACUAAAAAAACUGUUCAUUGUCGGAUCAAUUUUAGGAAUUUCUCUAGUACUAGUCGCAUUGUCUGCGUGCGGUUUGUAUGUUAAAGAGUUGAACAAAUGGAAAGCUGCCCGCAUUCAAUCAUCAACACGGAGAAGCUCUCUCACCUCGUGUUCGACUCCAAGAAGCAGAAGCUCCACAAAUUCGUGUUUGUCUCCAGACCUUCUCAUUGGGAUUAAGUACUCUUUGUGCAAUUACAGCACAGAGGAGAUCAGAAGAGCAACAAAAGAUUUCGGCAAAGAUACUAAGAUAAGUGGAUUUGUGUACAAGGGUGUGGUUGACAAUGUUAACGUGAUGAUCAAACAGUUGAGAUUAAAAGAUACUAAGUUGAUUAUUGAUCUCCAUUCAAAAAUCAACCAUGUCAAUAUAGUGAAAUUGCUCGGUGCUUGUUAUGGUGAGAGCAACUUUUUGAGUUCCUAUCUUGUUUUUGAAUUCCCUGCCAAUGGCUGCUUGAGGGAUGGCUUGACGAAUCCUUCAUUCUCUCUCCGGUGGCAUAGACGGACUCAAAUAGCAUUCGACAUUGCAACCGGGCUUCACUAUUUGCACUAUUUUAUGGUUCCACCUUACACUCACAUGAGCAUAAAUAGUAGAAAUAUUUUUCUAACACCAAAUUGGAGGGCAAAAUUGGCAGUUUUCGGAACUACCCCUAUGGUUGGAUCCUCAAAAGAAAACGGCGAUGUGAUUAGUCUUCCCAGAGGGGGGUGGGUUGCACCAGAGAGCCUUGAGAGCGGCCUGGCUUCUGAAAAGGUAGACAUUUUCGCAUUUGGGGUUGUUCUGCUAGAGCUCAUCUCCGCGAGGGAAGACAUAGAUGGGAAGUUAUUUAGGGAAUCAAUUAGAUUUUUGGGAGGGGGAGCGAGCGAUGGUGGUUGUUUCGAGCAACUGAGAAAUUUCAUGGAUCCAAGUUUGAAGGAGGAUUAUCCUCUGGCAGAGGCAUUGUGUCUAGCUGUUUUAGCUAAAGCUUGUGUGGAAGAUGAUCCAAUGCAUAGGCCAUCUGUAGAUGAUAUCAUGAAAGUCCUUGCCAGGAUGGUUUGAUCCAAUUAUCAAAAUGUAUAGUAAGAUUUUGUUUGUUAGUAAUUGUAGUGAAUUGUUCAGUGGUUUAAGCAGGGGAUAGAGAUAUUGCAAAUUUGCAAUGAUUUGUUUAUGAAUUGAUUGUGAUGCAUGUUUUUCUCCUUCUUCUAGCUAUAUUAUUUGGUGCAUUUGAUCUUAUUGAGGUCAAGAAGGUUAGUUUGUAGUGUUUUUGCAGUAGUGAAUAUUUGUAAAUUCAACGAUGUAGUUUUGAAAUGUGAUUUUUUUUUUUUUAAUAAAUAAUAUUUUGCUUUAAUUUUAAACUUGGACUGUUGAAUUAUAUCUUUCGUUGAUGUACUAGAAAGCUCAAGAAGUUCAUUUUAAAGAAAAAUGACAGAGCGUUCACGUCCCUUAUAUUUUACUAUAUAUAUGGGAGAGCAAUGCUACAUUCACACAAUUUUCUCUUCGAAUUCCCUCCAAAUAUGUUUCUGAUCAUUUUCUUACCGGUCAAAAACACAUUCAGGGGGAUUCGAAAGGAAAAUUGUGUUGAUGAAUAAUUUUUUUACAUAU